CUCGCUCGCGAGUCGACCGUUACUGAUUUAGACGAAGAGAACCUGAGAGAGAGAGGUGAAGACUGGAGGAGAGGAGAGAAGAAAAGAAGAAAGGAGGAUAGAAAAGAGAAGAGAGUUUAGAAAACAGAGUGGGAGAAAAAUGGAGACUUAAAUAAAUAUGAACAGUCGUUUUUUAGAGGAGAGAUAGUGUCUCUUUUUGCGAAUGAGAGAAAAGAAAACUCUCAGACGAGGAGAAAACCAGUUCAGGUGGGCAGUAUGAACUAUGUUGGCCAGUUGGCAGGGCAAGUGCUGGUGACCGUCAGAGAGCUGUACAAGGGCUUGAAUCAGGCCACUCUCUCUGGCUGCAUUGAUGUGGUGGUGGUGCAGCAACCUGAUGGAUCCUUCCAGUGUUCACCUUUUCACGUCCGCUUUGGGAAACUGGGUGUCUUGCGCUCACGAGAGAAAGUGAUUGACAUUGAGGUGAAUGGGGUACCGGUUGACCUGCAUAUGAAGCUGGGGGACAAUGGAGAAGCUUUUUUUGUCCAGGAGACCAAGCAAGCCAAUGAAACGAUCCCCGCUCAUCUGGUCACCUCACCAAUCCCAACUGAAGAGCCAGUGUUCUGGGGUCGUGACUCACGUGUGUCUGAAUCAUGCCUGGAUAGCAGGGUAACAGAGGAUGGAGAGAAUGGAGUAGUGAAGAAGAAAAAAAGGAGGAGGAGGAAACACAAAACUACUGAACAGAAGAAAGAAGAGCAAAGCUCAGCUUCAGCAAAUCUGGCAUCGCCUUCAUUUUCCACAGCUGAGCUCAGACAGAAUCUUCCACACCGCCACUUAGAUAGUUAUCCACUCUCAGAUGGAGACUGGUCCACAGAAAAUAGGAAUGUGCCAGAACCCAGCUCUCCUAAAAGUGACUCAGAACUGGCAGUGAGGUUUUCAGAAAGUGUCAUGCGGAAUCACUCCCAUAUGCAGUGGUCAUGGGGAGAACUGCCAGAGGCCACCAAGUUCAGCUGUAGAGAUUGGCCGGAGCCUUUGAAGACUGUCAGCAUUAAACCGUCGGAGAGUACUCACUUCCGGGUCAUCAACAACACCGAGACCGUGGCAGCAGGGACAGAUGUCAUUGUUCAACCAGUCAUUGUCAAACCUCAACCUCGAACGCCUGUACCACAGCUUCAGCCUCACACUGUCAAACCAGAACAUCAAACACAGCCUCAUCCAGCCUCACACAGAUCAGAAGCUCACGUGAAUGUCAAAGGCUCUGACCCCCAUAUAUUCCCUAAUAAGCACCAAAGCAUUUCAGAAUAUUACACAUCCAGGUUAGCACCUCAUACACAGCCAACAGAACCACAGUUGUCAGAAACUGAAUCUUAUAGCUCAAAGUCCAGCUCAAAUUCAAAGUCAUCCAGCCCUGAUUCUCCGGGUCCUGUUGGGAGGGGCAGGCUGCCUGUGUGUGUGCCCCAUGCUGCUGCUCGUCUUCUGGGAGACGUCAGUGACAUCUGCCCUGAGUGCCAGUCCUCCAAACCAGACACGUCUUUCAAGAGAAGAGGUGUGAGGAAGAGGAGUCAGCAUCAGGGCCCAGAAGAUAUUUACCUGGAUGAUCUCACAGCUUUAGAGCCACAUGUUGCUGCUCGAUAUUUCCCCAAAAGUGAGACUGUGGGACAGUGUGAGGAAGUGUGUGUGUGUUCUGGUUCUCAGUCUCCUCAGUCUGUGGGAAGUGCUGCUGCAGACAGUGGUACAGAAUGUCUGUCUGAUUCUCCUGUGGACCUGCCAGCUGUCUCACUGUCACUGUGUGGAGGCCUCGGAGACAACGCCCAUGUUAACAAGGAGAAGUUUUUGGAACACAUUGUGACGUAUCAGCAGUUUGCAGACAACCCUGCCAUCAUUGACAACCCUAACCUUGUUGUGAGAAUAGACAACAGAUAUUACAACUGGACCCUGGCUGCACCUCUAAUUCUCAGCAUGCAAGCCUUUCAGAAAAAUCUUCCCAAGGCAGCUGAGGAUGCUUGGGUGAAAGAUAAAAUGCCAAAGAAGACCAACCGGUGGUGGUUCUGGAGGAAGAGCAGCGUACAGCAGCAGUCAGAAACUAAAGAAGAUAUUCAGGAUUUGAUCAAUAGUGGACCAUCCCACUACCAUGAUAAUCCUGUUCAACGGCAGGUGGCAGCAGACUCUUCCACUGAUGAAGAUUCUAAAGAGCUGAACACAGCAGCUCUUGCAGAGUGCACGCAAAAGGAAGGACAAGCUCAUACACACUCCUAUAAGAAGUCUUUACGACUGUCUUCAGAUCAGAUUGCCAGUCUGGGGCUGAAGGAAGGGCCCAAUGAUGUUGUGUUCAGCAUUACUACACAGUACCAGGGCACAUGCCGCUGUGAGGGAACCAUCUAUCUGUGGCACUGGAACGACAAGAUUGUCAUCUCGGACAUUGAUGGCACCAUCACCAAGUCUGAUGUUUUGGGACAGUUUCUUCCACAGCUUGGAAAAGACUGGACACAUCGAGGCAUUGCUAAACUCUACCACACUAUUCACGAGAAUGGCUACAAGUUUUUGUACUGCUCAGCAAGAGCAAUUGGCAUGGCUGGAAUGACUCGAGGAUACUUACACUGGGUCAAUGAUAGAGGAACCAUUUUACCCAGAGGACCACUCAUGCUCUCCCCCAGCAGCCUGUUUUCAGCUUUCCACAGGGAGGUAAUUGAGAAGAAGCCGGAGAAGUUUAAGAUUGAGUGCUUAACAGACAUCAAGAAUCUCUUCCCUCCAAACUCUCAGCCCUUCUAUGCUGCCUUCGGGAACCGCAGCAAUGACGUCUUUGCCUAUAAGCAUGUGCACGUUCCAACAUGCCGCAUAUUCACAGUAAACCCUAAAGGAGAGGUCAUUCAGGAGCUGACCAAAGGCAACAAGACGUCGUAUAGCCGUCUCAGUGAGCUGGUCGAUCAUGUUUUCCCUUUGGCUGACAAGAAGCAAUGUGCUGCGUUCGUUCUCCCAGAAUUCAGUUCCUUCUGCUACUGGAGGCAGCCAAUAGCUCAGGUCUGCCUGGAGGAGAUCCUGUUACUCUGAGUGGCUGGUCAGGCUGGAACUGACCUUAGCUGAGAUUGAGCUGGUAUUGCUUGUUAUUAGAAAGCACUUAAACCUACCGGUGACUAUUUUUCAAUUUCAGUAUUUAGUUCUUUAGAAUAAAGCUACUGUUUAUGGAGACUCAGGGUUGAGCUUGAACGCCUUAAUGCAAUCUGUGUGUACAUAUAAAACCCCAGUGAUGCAGCUUCUGCAUUUGAAGCCUUGUUUAAAAAAUGUUCAUGAGUCAGGAGUUGUUUAAUGUUUGUUUAAAGACAUUUUUUCGGUCAGAAUGUGCCUUGAUAGAGGCUGUAUUUGCAUACAGAAUGGAUAAUAUAUGCUGAUGUUUCUGUGCAGAAAUACUGAGCUAAUAGCUAAUAACUAGGGCCCUAUUUUAGCAAUCUUUAGCUUUUGCCUUGCAUGACUCAAAGUGCAAAAGGCAUGUACGAAUUAUCUUAAUUGGUAUAUUUGGUGCAAUAAACCAAUCAGCAUGUCUCUUGCCAUUUCUUUUAAGAGCCAGGUGUGCUCUCACUUUGGUAGAUUGCUAUUUGAAUGGUGCAGCUACCUUGAUGUGUCCAACAAUCCUCAGCAGAGGAAACCUAAGUAAUAUUAAAAUGACCUAUAUUUUGUGUUGAUGUAGGCUUGGCUGUUCACACCUUGGGCAUGCAUCUGUGUUGACAAUUCACUGCCAAGAUAGCAAAGAACGCCUGACAGUUGACAAAUGCCUAGGUUGUAUUUAGUUAGUUGGAUAGCAAUAGCGAGAUAUUUACCUGAGCACACCUUUUUUCAAGACCAAAAUGCCCAUCAGCGUAGAUAUUUACACAAGCUUUGUUGCUAUCUAAAGGGCGCAGAAAACAGUCUGUUUUCGUGGUGUAAGAUAGCAAUCAGUGUCAAGCCUUGUGCAGGGUGUAAGAUAGGGCCCGUAAUGAUAGAUAUGUUGCCUACUGUGUUCUGUGGCUGUUGUUAUUUAGAGUAAUAAUUGCACUUUAUAAUGUACGUUUAGAGUAAAAUGUACUGUACAAGGACUGAGGCUGUAGAGCUGCUCAUGCUGUAGCAAAGCUGAUAGCAGUUGUGCUGUUUAGUAAGCAAUCAGGCAGUUCUGAUUUUACAGUGCUUGACUGUUCUGAAGGUUGAUUUGAAAGAAACAUGACUUCUGUUAUAAAUGUUUUAAUAACCCCUUUUGACAGAGUUUCAAAAAAUGGUUAUGGUUUGCUUAUCGCAUUGCAAACAUUACAUACAUGUAACAUGAACAUUUCCAAUAAUGCUUUAUAUUAAAUAAGACAUCUGAACAUUCAUAUUGUUUGUGAUAUACAGUA